AAGAAUUCUCAGAAUGUGAUUCCCCCUCUUUCUCUGCCUCCGCUCCAAGCUCCGUUUUAUUAUUUUUUUCAAGUGUCUUGCAUCAGCCCAGUGAGUAUGAGAGGGAACUGAGCGGAGCGAGGAAGAAAAGAUCGAAAAGGCUUGGAUUCUGACAGAACUGGAGACACGGAUACUCACUGGAAUACUCCACCGCUUCCUCUGAACAAAUGGUUUGAAAGGACAAAACUCUUUAAAAGUUUGAAGACCCUCUGUGUGUGAAAGUGUGUGUGUGUGUGUGUGUUUGGGAUGAAGUGCCUGUGGGGGGGACACUUUCCGCUGAUCAUCCUGCUCUACCUGUUAGGAGACGUCACCUCACAGGUUAACCCAGGUGUGUGCCGGUACCCUCUGGGGAUGUCCGGAGGACAAAUUCAGGAUGAAGACAUCUCUGCCUCCAGUCAGUGGUCUGAGUCUACAGCUGCUAGAUACGGCAGGUUAGACUUUGAGGAGGGUGAUGGUGCGUGGUGUCCAGAGAUAACGGUUGAACCAGACAGUCUAAAGGAGUUCCUCCAGAUAGACCUGCGUUCCCUCCACUUCAUCACCCUGGUGGGCACCCAGGGCCGCCACGCAGGGGGCAUCGGCAACGAGUUCGCCCAGAUGUACAAGAUUAAAUAUAGCCGUGACAGCAGCCGCUGGAUUUCCUGGAGGAACAGACAGGGCAAACAGGUGAUAGAGGGAAACAGGAAUGCAUAUGACAUUGUGCUGAAGGACCUGGAGCCUCCGAUCAUCGCCCGCUUCGUGAGGUUCAUGCCCGUCUCAGACCACUCCAUGAACGUCUGCAUGAGGGUAGAGCUCUACGGCUGUGAGUGGCUUGAUGGUCUGGUGUCCUACAACGCCCCAGCAGGAGAACAGAUGAGUCUGGAGGGCCAGCCUGUCCACCUCAAUGACUCGGUGUAUGAUGGAGCCGUCAUCUACAGUAUGACAGAGGGGCUAGGCCAGCUGACUGAUGGAAUGUGUGGAUUAGAUGACUUCACCCACAGCCACGUCUACAAUGUGUGGCCUGGUUACGACUACGUGGGAUGGACUAAUGAGAGCUUUCCCAAUGGAUAUGUGGAGAUCAUGUUCGAGUUUGACCGCACUCGCAAUUUCACCACCAUGAAGGUGCACUGUAACAACAUGUUCAUGAAGCAUGUCAAGGCAUUCCGCCAGGUGGUGUGUUACUUCCGUUCUGAGGCUGACUGGGAGGCCACGCCCCUUUCCUUUAGUCCCGUGGUGGAUGACGUCAAUCUCAGCGCCCGCUUCGUCACCAUCUCUAUGGCCAAUCAUAUGGCCAGCGCAAUCAAGUGCCAGUUCUACUUUGCUGAAGCCUGGAUGAUGUUUAGCGAAAUCACCUUCCAGUCAGACACAGCCAUGUACAACACUACCCUGGCACCCCCCAAGACCGGCAGCAGCCCCCCCACUAGCACUCAACCAGGGGAUGACCCCACCCACAAAAUAGAUGACAGCAACACCAGAAUUCUGAUUGUCUGCCUGGUGGCCAUCAUUCUUAUCCUUGUCGCCAUCAUUGUCAUCAUCCUCUGGAGGCAGGUCUGGCAGAAGAUGCUGGAGAAGGCCUCGCGGCGGAUGCUGGACGAUGAACUAACUGCUAGUCUGUCACUACAGAGCGAGACGUUCGCCUACAGCCACAACAACCCGACAUCAUCGUCAGCACCCAGUGAGCAGGAAUCUAGCUCCACCUACGAGCGUAUCUUCCCCCUGGGCCCUGACUACCAGGAACCCUCACAACUCAUACGCAUGCUACCUGAGUUCUCCCACACCUCCAAGGAUGCCGUUUUGACCAGCACAGCAGUGACAGCCUCCAAGGCUCCCACUGCAACAGUUGCCCAGGACGGAGUCCCUCACUAUGCCGAGGCAGACAUCGUCAACCUGCAGGGCGUAACCGGGGGCAACACGUACGCUGUCCCUGCUUUAACCAUGGACCUGCUGUCAGGGAAGGACGUGGCAGUGGAAGAGUUCCCCAGGAAACUGCUCACCUUCAAAGAGAAGCUGGGCGAGGGACAGUUUGGAGAGGUCCACUUGUGUGAGGCAGAGGGCAUGAAGGAGUUUAUAGAUGAGGAUUUCUCCUUCAACAUCAGUGACAACCAGCCAGUACUGGUUGCUGUUAAGAUGCUCAGAGCAGAUGCUAACAAAAACGCCAGGAAUGACUUCCUGAAGGAGAUUAAGAUCAUGUCACGUCUGAAGGACCCUAACAUCAUCCGUCUGCUGGCCGUGUGUAUCUGCAGCGACCCCCUCUGCAUGAUCACAGAGUACAUGGAGAACGGUGACCUCAACCAGUUCCUGUCCCGCCAUGAACCUGAGGGACAGAUGGCACUCAUCAGCAACGUAACCACUGUCGGCUACAGUGACCUGCGCUACAUGGCCACUCAGAUUGCCUCAGGGAUGAGGUAUCUCUCCUCGCUUAACUUUGUCCACAGAGACCUGGCCACGAGGAACUGUCUGGUGGGGAAGAACUACACCAUCAAGAUUGCUGACUUUGGCAUGAGCAGGAACCUGUACAGUGGAGACUACUACCGCAUCCAGGGUCGGGCCGUGCUGCCCAUACGAUGGAUGUCCUGGGAGAGCAUACUGCUGGGUAAGUUCACCACAGCCAGUGACGUGUGGGCGUUUGGGGUGACGCUGUGGGAGACCCUGACCUUCUGUAAGGAGCAGCCUUACUCCCAGCUGACUGAUGAACAGGUCAUAGAGAACACUGGGGAGUUCUUCAGGGACCAGAAACGACAGAUCUACCUGCCCCAGCCAGUGCUGUGUCCUGACUCUUUGUAUAAGAUCAUGCUGUGUUGUUGGAGAAGGAACACCAAGGAGAGGCCUUCCUUCCAGGAGAUUCACCGAGUGCUGCUGGAAAGCCAAGCUUAGGGCCCGAACCCCUGGGCCAGCACACACACACACAGACAGACAGACGGAUGAAACGCAUCAACAACACAUUAAGCAUCGGUCUAUAAGUCAAAGGGUCAACUCAGUUCAACUUUUGAUGCACAGAAAAAUUACAAAUGGCUGUCCGUUGUCUCAGCUAGAUAAGUAAAAGUGAAAUCUAGCAAUGAAAGUUCUGCACUUUUGAAAAUGUAUCAUUUAUUCCAAAUGGUGCUAGAAAUAAGUAUGACGUUUCCACCUUGUUUAAUGCAGUGUAAUGUAAUGCCACGUCUAUGAAUUCAAUUGUGUUUUCUUUAAGAAGACUACCUGAAUGUAAAUCAGAUGUCUUCAUUAAGCAAACCAUCAGUGUUCAGUUUGGAGAAUUUUGAUACAUUAAAAGUUUUAUUUUUAUUUUGCAAGGUUAUUCAUCUCAGUCACUGAUCGUUUCUUUGUACACUUUGCUUAGAGCUAACAGGGAUAAUGGUAAUGUAGUCAAUGCAUUAUAUGACUCUUUACAUGAUCCUGACUUCCUAUCAUCCAUUUUGAAUCUGUUGACAAUGUGUCAUAUAGAUAUAACAUAUCUAAUCUGUUGGCUUUGAGUAAAGAGUUACAAGUGAUGAACAAAUUCAUAACAGGCAAUAACCAUCACUCGACCAUAUCUCAGCUAUAGUACUCUCUGGCAGUACACUUUGCCACAUUGUCUGCCAGUGAUAUUUGACCAAGAGUGCUCAAAGACAUUGGUGUGUAUGUACUUCAAUAGAUCUUGUUAAAUCUCAAAUAGUAAUAUUUUGUAUUGAUAUUUAUGUAUUGUUUAUAUUUCAGUUUGCUUUCUGUUUAUAUAUUUGGGUACUGAUCAGCUUCUUUUUGCAUGGGAAAAUUUGUACAAAGUUGUACGUUGUGCAAUUUUCUAGAUUCAGUUUUGUAUUUCGUUAAACAUCUCAGUCGAGAGUAGUUUCAGAAAAUGACAGUAGGCUUUGUGGAAUGUGGGGUGUACAAAUGUUGGUUCUCAUUCAUAUUUGUGACCAAAUAACUGUCCAAAUCAGAUCGUAGAUCUGCUGCAUUACUUAUGGUCCAUGUUCAGUCCAUACUGAGCAGAUUAUAAAUAAACUGCAUUAGUGCUGGUCCAUGUUCAGUCCAUACUGAGCAGAUUAUAAAUAAACUGCAUUAGUGCUGGUCAAUGUUCAGUCCAUACUGAGCAGAUUAUAAAUAAACUGCAUUAGUGCUGGUCAAUGUUCAGUCCAUACUGAGCAGAUUAUAAAUAAAAUGCAUUACUGAUGGUCCAUGUUCAGUCCAUACUGAACAGAUUGUAAAUAAACUGCAUGGUUCAUGUUCAGUCCAUACUGAGCAGAUUAUGGUGCUAAUCAGGAUCCAGACUGGAGGGGAGAGGAUGUGCUAACUAAGUUCUGAUGGGUCUUUGGAAAGGGAAUUUUAGGAAACGAUGCUUCUAGAGAGAAAGAUUUUUUAAAUGGUUAGUGUGUUUGCUACCUUGAUACAACAAAUGUUCUAAGCUAUCAUUGUGUUGUAUUGAACGUGUUAAAAUGCACAGUUGUUCUGAACAGGACAACUGUUUAUGAUGUAUCUCUGUUGAAAGAGAGUGAGAGCUGAACGGUGAUUAGAGGGUUUCUGAAUAGAGUUAAGGUGAGGAUGAUAAUCAGUCAGAAUGAUUUCAGACAAUCUCAACUGCACACAAGGACAGUUGUUGUACAACAAGACCGUUAUUAUAGUAGCUAUUAUGAUUAUGCAAUUCUUUCACCAUUAGCUUUAGGUUUGAACCCUAAAUGACUUCAAUAUGUUAUCAACCUGUCUCCUGUCUUCAUGGUCUACAGGCUUAGUUUUGAUGUCCUGCUUCCUACAAUCACACACAGAUGCAACUUUACUCAGGGGCCUUCUCCUUCUUCUCAGCAACCUUCGCCCCUGGACCUUAUUAUUCACAUUCUGGUGUCAUUAUGGGCCAUCUUUAUAGGUUGUUCAGUUAUAGGCUGAGACCCAAAUCAAACACUAUUCAAGUUUUAAUGUCACAUGCACAAGCACAGUGAAAUGCUUUUCUUGCAAACUCAAAACCCAACAAUGGGCUUUCAAUAACAAUGUAUUAAUAGAAAAAAAAACACGAGCAAUAAGAAUAGGAAUUAUGAACUACACGAUCAAGUAAGUAAGCGUACUAUAUACAGGAAAUAUUUUAAAAGUCAGUUAAUGUUUUAUUUCUGUAUUUCAUUUAUCAUUUUCAGGUUCUCUCCUGACCACGAACUGAUGUUAUAUUGCCCUGUGGGAAGUAUAUUUGUACAUAUAUUGUAGUCCAUAGUAAUGGUUUGAUAGUCAGUAAUAUGGAUGAGGCAUGCAUUGAUAUAUAUCAUUAAGACCAAAAUGGGACCUGUUCACAGCAUCUCAAUGUUUCAGCUUGUUUGAAUGCUUUAUUAUUGUAUUAUUACAGAUUUCCAUCUAUAAAGCAAAUGAGGGCAUACUUAUUGUAUAUUAAUGAAGUUGUAUAGAGGUUAUUAGUGUGUCAGUGCACAAGGAAAUUCAAUUGUGGUUGAGUUUUAUAAGAUCUUUGUACUCAAAUGUUUUUUUUUUAUCAACUAAAACAUUGAAUUUUGUCUGAUUUGUCAUGGAGAUAAUUUGUUACAGACGAAAUAAAACAAAUCACCUAAAUGAUG